AUGUCAUCUAAUAAGCAAGAAAGUUUCUUAUGUUAUAAUGGGGAAGUCUUGGUUUUCCAGUUAUCGAAAGGAAAUUUUUCAGAUAAAGAGACUGCAAAAACAUCCAUGUUACACGUCAGAAGAAUGGUAUUUGACAGAGAAACAAGAUCAUUUAUUCAGAAGUCCACUGGAUCCUUCAGCAUAAAGGGAGAAAACUCUCAUUUUAAAAUUAUUUAUUGCAACUGUGUGUCAGAUUUCAGAACUGGAAUUAACCUCCCUUGCGUAUUGAUUCAAAGCAAUGAAAACAAAGUUUUCAGAUACUUUCUACUGUUUCUCCACAGUACCAAUAAAUUUGAAAACCGUUUGAGCUUUAAAAUAGGCCAUGAGUUGAAGGAUAGUUUAAGGGUCCUUGAUGGCCCUUUGGUCUUAUGGAGACAUGCUAGAACAUUCUUCUAUAUGUCUUCUGAAACUGGCAAAGUCGUUACUCUGUCAGUUAACUUUUCCUCUAUUGUGUGGAUAGGGGAUAUUGAAAAUGUGGGUAUGGUUUUAUUGGGAAUAAAGGAACGUUCUUUAUCUGAGGAAGAAUGCACCCAGGAGGCUUCAGAAUCAGAUUAUAUAAUUUCAAAUACCAAAUUUUGUGUAUACUCUCUUGAAAGUGAAGAAGUAUUAAGUGAUACAUACAUUAUCCCUCCUGCUUAUAGCAGUGUGGUAACCUGUGUGCAUGUCUGUGCAAUUGAGAUCAUCAACAACCAGUUAAGAAUGUCUCUAAUUGCCCUUACUCAAAAGAAUCAACUGAUUUACUUCCACAAUGGGACUCCUGAAAGUGUAUGCCAGCUUCCAUUUGGAGAUCCUUGUGCAGUUCACCUUAUGGAUUUAAGUGGAGGAAACUUCUUUUUCAUUGUAUCCUUUAGGUCCAAUGAUGUUUGUGCUGUUUGGGAAAAGAACUUUCAGGUUGCUGCUAAAUGGGAAAAAAUAAGCUUAGUUCUGAUAGAUGACUUUAUUGGAACUGGAACUGAACAAGUAUUGCUACUUUUUAAAGACUCCUUGAACUCAGAUUGCCUGACUUCAUUUCAAAUAACAAAUCUUGAAAACAUUAACUAUUCAAGUGAACCAUUGGAUUGCAGUGAAGAUGAUUUAUUUGAAGGCAAACAAGACAAUCGUCAUUUGGUGAUUCCACCUCUGGAAAGUAGAAUAAAAGUUGGUGUGGCUUCUGUUCAGAGAUUACAACAACAUAUCUUGUUAAAGGAUAAAAUUAUUUUGCAAUCUUACAAAGCUUUAAUAAACCUGCUUCAAGGGAGAGAUGACAAUACAUCAAGUGUAAAGGAGGAAUCUCUUGCUCUCCUUUGUGGUGAAGAAGAAAAUUCUGUCAAUACCUUUGAUGAAAAGUUACCAGACAGUUUUCAAGAUUCAAAGCAACUGGUAGAGAAGAUAUGGUAUCGUGUAAUAGAUGAUAGCUUGGUUGUUGGAGUGAAAACCACAUCUUCUUUAGAGCUGUCCCUGAAUGAUGCGACUUUAUCAUUAUUAAUGGAUCAAGCCCAUGGUUCCAGCUCUCAGCUUAUUAAGUGUCAAAGUAGCGUGAUUAAGUUGAGUAUGGAUUCUUUGCCGGAACCACACUUGACGCCAGAUGAAAUAGGAUCAGAGGCAAAAAAAAUCAAGUUGAUCCUUGAUAGUGAGGAAAAAGAAAGCUUUCUUUGUGAACAGCCAUCUAAGAAAGAAUGUGUACAGAUAAUUACUGCUGUAACAUCUCUUUCUCCACUUUUAGCAUUCAGUAAAUUUUGUUGCAUUGUGCUGCUACAUAUUAUGGAGAGAGAAAACGAUGACUGUCCUCAAGAUGAUUAUAUUCAGUGUGGCAGACUUUUUAUACGUCUAGAAGAUCUUUCAAGUGGGAAAUGCCUAUUGACAUUUCCAAAGAAGAAACCUAUAGAACACCAGGAAGAUCUUUUUGCACUUUUCGCAGCAUUCCACAAAUCUUGUUUUCAAAUCAUAUCACCUGGAUAUGCCCUGAAAGCAAUGAAGGUAUGGCUGUUAGAACGCAUGAAAUGUGAAGUCAUCAAAGAAUUUCCAGAAGUGUGCUUUUGUAAAAGGCCAGAAAAUUUCUAUGGGACACUCUUCAAAUGGCAACAAAGAACACUAUUUGAAGGGAUUUUAAUAAUCUAUUCCAGGAAUCAAACUGUUUUGUUCCAGUGCCUUCAUAAGCUCAUCAGUGUUCUCCCUACAGACUGUUUGUUGAGAAAUCUAAAAUUAGAAAAUGAAGAUUUCCUAAUUGAUUAUAUGGCAUUAUCUUUGGAGAAGGAAUUGAAUAUCCUUGGUUCUCUUUCUUCUUCCUUAGCUAAAGUUGAUAGCAUCUAUAUGCCGAGAUGUGAAGCAACCAAAGGAAAGAGUAGUGUUGUAGCUGCUUUACCAGACAGAGAGAAGGAAAUUCGUUGGUACAGAAAAGAAGUCCAGAGAGCAAAGAAGAAAACAUUGAGAACAAAGCUAAAAGUGAGUGGUGCCCUUUAUAGAGCACUGACUUUGAAAGUAGCUGAGGUUCAGUUAAAAUCAGACCUCACUGCAGAGAAAUUGACCAAUUUAUAA